AUGGCUUUUCCCCAUAAGCUGCAUCACUUCUACCAUCAGCGUCUUGUGCAUCACCAGUUGACAGUGACUCAGAUGACCUUCAGUCCUUCUGGCCGAUACCUCUUGGCUGUUUCACGUGACCGCACUUGGAGCCUGUGGGCCGCUGAGAGGACCACCGAGACGGCUUGGCCUCUUUUUGGGAAACUCAGCUACUGCCCGUUCAAAUCUGAGAUGGCCCAUUCACGGAUCAUUUGGACCUGUGCCUGGUCGCCAGACGAUCUCUACUUCUUCACAGGUUCCCGUGAUAAGAAACUAUGCAUUUGGCUGGCCCCGUCGAGUGAAGCUCUUUCCAACUUUUCUACGGCCACAUCAGAUACUUGUCCGGCCCAUCGUGUGGACUGUCUGGAUUGCUUCAGCCAAGCCGUCACUGCAGUCUCUGUCACCAAUGCCUCCCAAACUAGGGCCUAUUUAAUCGCUGUCGGCCUGGAGUUGGGCGGCCUUGCGAUAACGGUCUGGUCGCCACCGGACAACUGCACGUCUCCGAUGUCCACUCUCACUUCUGGUGGUUGCAACGGGGCCGGCUGGCGGCGUCUAGUCUAUUUUCCGACGCACUGGAGUCACUUGGCAACAGGACAAGUUCGACGCCUCCAUUUUCUAUCUCCUACUCUUCAUUUAUCUCCGACCCUCAAAGAGGCUUGUCACGAUGUGGUAAGAGGUGAGCAAGAUGAUCGGCAUGUGGAUCAGAUCAACCCGACCGCGGAUGGCGAAGAUGGAGAGGAGAUUGGUUGGCUGGCCAGUUGCGCUGAUGAUGGAUUGGUUCGAGUUUUCCAGUUCCACAGAAGUCGUCUGGUUCAUUUUAUCCACACGGGCUAG